AUCAUUCACUUCAGAAACUUUUUCCUACCAGGAUCCAGUUUCAAUAGUGAGUAAGACAUGUACUUCUCAUACUGAACUGACGCAGAAAGGGUUUUAUGUUUGACCUGUUCUUCGAGUUUGAAUUUUAAUCAAGGGUGUAAUUAUAGCUUUUAUACAACAAUGCUGCGGUUAUUUGCUCCUCUAUUUUUGCUCCUGGUUGCUGUCACAUCCAGUAUAGGCACGGCAAUCACAAAAAGGCCACCUCAAACACUGUCAAGAGGUUGGGGGGAUGAUAUAACAUGGGUUCAAUCCUAUGAAGAAGGACUUAACAAAGCAAAAAAAAGCAACAAGCCAUUAAUGAUCAUCCAUCACUUGCAAGACUGCAGGCACUGCCUUGCACUGAAGAAAGCUUUUGCUGAAAAUGAAGAAAUCCAGGCUAUGGCUGACAAAGAUUUCAUCAUGUUAAAUCUAAUCCAUGAAACCACUGACAAGAACCUUGCACCUGAUGGCCAUUAUGUGCCCCGUAUAAUAUUUGUGGAUCCUUCUUUGACUGUGAGAGCAGAUAUCGUCGGAAGGUACUCAAAUCGGCUCUAUGCAUAUGAACCACAAAAUAUUCAGCUCUUGAUUGAAAACAUGAAGAAAUCAAAACACUUGUUGCCAUCUGAGCUAUAAUGAAGUGCAGCAGCGAUACUUGUUUUUACUUGAGAGAGGCACUGGGAUUUAAUUUUUUCACUUUUACAGUUUCCAUUUAAUGACUUAAUCCACAUCCUCUACUGCCCAAAAUCAAUAUGCAAGGAAUUAUCUAAAUCUUGCCACAUGUUUCUUUGCUUUCAUCAAUAUUCAAUUACAUGGUGGAUUAAUAAAUAAAUAUUUUGGAAUAAUCUAAUUUUGAUCAUGUUUGAUUAUUUUUUUCAUGUCCAAUGUGCAAUAAUAAAACACUAGAAAUGUUAUCCUCUUUACAAUGAAUUAAUACUGCACUCUUACUACACUUUUUAAAAAAUGUAUUAAGUAAAUGAAACUCCUUGCCCAUGUUGCAAUGACCCUGAAUAAGCAUGUUUACAAAGUAUUGGGUUGCUUUAUAGUAUAUAUUUGUUUGCACUAUGAGUUUAACAUACGUCUCUCCAUGCAUCAGGGAUCAUGUCUGAAAAUGUCCAGUUAGAAUUAUCAAUAACAAAAAAUAAAAGUUUUAUGAAAAU